CAGCUGAGAGGAGAGCGUCAUGGCGGUGUAGAGCGGAUUACUCUCAAUGUUUACAUUCCGUUUGCCGUCUCUUUUCUGAUUUUACUCCGAUUUUUACCGCAACAGGGCGCAUCUUCUGCGGCGAACGCGUGAAGCAGUCUGCAAGAGAGGAGAGGUUAAAAAAGACAUUCUGUCUUUCUUCGAGCGUCUUCUCGACACACAGACAGACCGAUCCAGAUCCAGAUCCAGAUCCAGAAGCAGAAGCAGGUCGGUCGGUGUGUUUGCCGUCUGUGGGACUGAGAUCCUCUCUGGCCGUCCGUCCCGGGGUCAUGGUUGAAGAGGGGCAGCAGCGUUUGGAGGCCCGUGGGAGCCCUGUACCGGAGGACGAGCAGGUCCCGUUCCCGCUGCUGCAGGGCGAGUGUGUGGAGCAUGUCGUGAGAGCAGAGGAGUCCCUCAUUGCCUUAACCAGCUACCGCCUUCACAUCAAACUGCAGGAGAACGUCAUCAAUGUUCCUCUGCAGCUGAUUGAAAGUGUGGAGUGUCGGGAUCUGACACAGCUGCACCUCACCUGUAAAGACUGUAAGCUCAUCAGGUGUAACUUCCUGUCGGCGGAGCAGUGUCAGGAUUGGCUGAGGAGGAUCAGCGCAGUCGUGCGGCCGCCGGCACGGCUGGAGGAGCUCUUCGCCUUCGCCUUCCUCUCGUGUAGCACCAGCGUCUCCGCAGAGGACAGAGAGGUGCAUGAUGGGAUCUGCCGCGCAGGAGGACACCAGCGGAGGUUCAAGCGAGAGCUGGAGAGGAUGGGCUUCGACACCCACAGUGCCUGGAGAAUCUCCACCAUCAACAGCAACUACAGGCUUUGUGCCAGUUACCCAGAGCAAAUAAUCGUGCCUGCUGCCGUCACCGACCAGGAGCUGGAGAAGGUGGCGGCGUUCAGAUCAUGGAAGAGGAUCCCGGCCGUCGUUUACAGACACCAGAGUUCGGGCGCUGUGAUUGGUCGAUGCGGGCAGCCUGAGGUCAGCUGGUGGGGUUGGCGUAAUGCUGACGAUGAGCAUUUGGUCCAAGCCAUCGCUAAAGCCUGUGUCACGGAUCAGGCUGCAAACACAGCGCAGGCUAACGGCUCCUGCGUUCACCACCACGUCCCCGGUGAGCUCAGUGACUCCGAUCCGCACACGGCCAAUGGGAGUGCAGAGGUGGAGCCGAAGGCCACGCCCCCUCAGAAGCUGUUGAUAAUGGACGCGCGCUCGUACGCGGCUGCGGUAGCCAAUCGGGCGAAAGGAGGCGGCUGUGAGUGUCCAGAGUACUACCCCAGCUGUGAGGUGAUGUUCAUGGGGAUGGCCAACAUCCACUCCAUCCGGAAGAGCUUCCAGAGUUUGCGGACGCUCUGCGGUCAAGUGCCUGAUCCGGUCAACUGGCUGUCGGCGCUGGAAGGCACUAAAUGGCUGCAGCAUCUGUCUCUGCUCCUGAAGGCGUCUCUGCUGGUGGUGAACGCGCUGGAUCGGGACCGCAGGCCUGUGCUGGUGCACUGCUCCGACGGAUGGGACCGCACGCCUCAGAUAGUGGCUCUGUCCAAACUGCUGCUGGAUCCCUUCUACAGGACCAUCCAGGGUUUUCAGGUGCUGGUGGAGACGGAGUGGCUGGAUUACGGUCAUAAGUUUGCGGACCGCUGUGGUCACGGCGAGAACGCAGACGAUCUGAACGAGCGCUGUCCCGUGUUCCUGCAGUGGCUGGACUGUGUUCACCAGCUCCAGAGACAGUUCCCCUGCUCCUUCCAGUUCAACGAGGCCUUUCUGGUGAAGUUAGUGCAGCACACGUACUCGUGUCUGUUUGGGACGUUCCUGUGUAACAGCGUGAAGGAGCGCGAGGCGCAUUGCGUUCAGGAGAAGACGUGCUCCGUUUGGUCUCUGCUGCGGCCCACCAACGCUUCCUUCCACAACAUCCUCUACUCGCCGCGCUCUGAGACGGUUUUGCACCCGGUGUGUCACGUGAGGAAUCUGAUGCUGUGGAGUGCCGUCUACCUGCCCAACUCCGCCCCCUCCACGCCUUCUGACGAGUCAUGUGUGCCACACUCCGCCCCCUCAGCCUCGCCCGAGGACACGCCUGUGGGCAGGUUACCAAAGACACGGUCGUACGACGAUCUGCCCACGUCCUGUGAGGGUUUGACCCCAAACCGCCGCAGCAGCGACCCAAACCUGAAUGAGAAGUGGCAUGAGCGUCUGCUAGCUCUGGAGAUCAGCGUGACGACAGAAGCCGACGGAAAGCACUCGCCGGGCGGCCUGGAUCAGAGACUCGGCCUGAACACAAACCUUUCUGAUCAAUUAAACACAGAUCGUUCAGAAAACGGGGCGGAGCUUUCUGUGACUGACAGCCAAAUGCAAAACAUCUCACAGGAAGAGCACAGGAAAAACACGCCUGCCUUCGAUAUCCCCGAGGAAUCGGCUCUGAAUGAGAGCAACAGUGAGGACCAAACGCUCGAGUCGCCUGAGGAGCGUGAAGAAAAACGCCCACCUGCAUCCCAGCAUCCUUUGCAAACUAACGAAAACAUUGAAUUAACACCACAAGGAUUGCAUCUAGAUCAUUGUACUAUUACCCAUGAUUCUUCAGAAUCUAGCAGCCAAUCUUCCAUGGAAAGUUCUUGCAGUCCAAACCACACAACUCAGACUCUUAAUGGCGUCUGUUCACCUUCCCAGCAUCCCGUUCAUCCUCUUUUUCCGUCGGCCGAUCGGGACGCAGCGGGAGACGCUUCUCCGACGUCACCCCACAAGCGCUCGCUGGGUGUUUCCGGGCGUUUAUCGGCGUUAGGGCACCUGGAGAAGGACGGCUUGAGUCUGCACAGCGACGCUGUCCAGGUGCGUCUGCGGCAGAUGGAGGCGGGGCAUCAGCUGCAGGUGGAGACGCUGAAGAAACAGGUGCAGGAGCUCUGGAGCCGUCUGCACGUCAACGGGAAGCUGACGUCUCUGCCAGACGGGGAGAAUAACAUGGAGUCUGGCUGUCUGCAGCGCUGCGGGAACACCGAUCUCCUGCCCGAGUCCAGCUGGGAACAGAUCGAACAGCGGGAAGCAGAGUGGUUCUCGGAUCGCGCGGCGUCUCGCUGCUACGGGUGCGAGAGGACGCUCUGGCUGGCGGCGAGGAAGCAUCACUGCAGCGGCAGAGAGCCGGUUGAGGAGGCCUGGAACUGUGGGAAUGUUUUCUGCGCCAGCUGCUGCGAUCAGAAGGUGGCGGUGUCGAGUCAGCAGCUCCGUGAGCCCAGUCGCGUGUGUCAGGCGUGUUACGGUCACCUGCGGCCCUCCGCCGUCCCUCCGGCGCUCCCUCCCGCCGACCUGGAGCUGGAGAAACCCAUCACCGCCAGCUCCAACUGAGACCGCAUCCGGCCCAAUAAACCACUCCCUCACGCAGAGCCGUAAGAGUGACUGACUUCUGUGCAACACUAAACAGCACUUCAGCGUCCGGGCGGAUUCACACACAUCUUAUUACAAACUCUUAGAAUAUUCAAACGUGCAGUUCCUGAAAAUUUCACUAAAAAUUUCUCAAACAUUUUCUUAAGGCGAGACGCUGCAGGUGAAUAGGGUAAAAAAAUAUUACAUUGAUAAUUGCAAACAUGUAAACUUAUAUUACAAGGUUUCUAAAAUGUUCGGUUUAAAUAUGCAGAUGAGGCAUUAUAUGCACUAAUUUGCAUACAUUUCUAGUACAAAAAUCUGAACACUGGAUGAAAUCAGUUUCACAAUAAAGGACAAAAGCAGUCUUAAGUCGCUGGGGUGUAUUUGUAGCAGUAGACAACAAUACAUUGUAUGGGUCACAAUUAGCAAUAUUUCUUUUAAGCAAAAAAUCAUUAGGAUAUUAAGUAAAGAUCGUGUUCCAUGAAGAUAUUUUGUAAAUUUCUUACCGUAAAUAUAUUAAAACUUAAUUUUUGAUUAGUAAUAUGCAUUACUAAGAAAUUCAUUUGGACAACUUUAAAGGUGAUUUUCUCAAUAUUUAGAUUUUUUUGCUCCUCAGAUUUCCAAAUAGUUGUAUCUCAGUCAAAUUUAUUAUUUAUUCAGCUUAUGUAUAAAUAUCAAUUUUAAAAAAUUGACCCUUAUGACUGGUUUUGUGGAGAAAAAUAUCGACACAAAUAGAUAAAGUGCUAUAAAAGAAACACUUGACGGUGUCUUUUGGAUGUUUUCUUUCCACUAGUCUGAAAAAACACUUAAUGAACAACCCCCAAAAUCUCAAACUUGACAGAUGCAUGAAACCCCAGCGUUAUUGCCUGCAGUGUCUCCCUUUAAGAAGACAAACGAGCUGAAUUUGUGAGUGCAUGUUUCUUCCCAAAGAUUCACUGAUCAAUGCAAUGAAAAACACCUCACGCACUAUUUUCAUCAGUUUGACCAGAUUCACAAAAACAUUAUGAAAUGAAAGGUGCUGUAUGUAAUUUUUUGACUCUUCUGAAGCCAAAAAAUAACAUGUUUGUAGAUAUUUAGGAAACAUGUUACAUAGCCGUUUCUCUGAAAAAUGCUAUCGAUAUUACAUACUGCACCUUUAAGACAUUUCCUAAGAUCAUAUUUAAGUUUGAACGAUUCACGUAAGUAUUCUGAAGUUAACACAUUUCUUAAGAUAAAUUCCAAGAAUUUCAAAAGAAUCAUGAAAAUCUUAUGAAGAUAAUUUCCAAAAAGUUCAUACGAUUCAUGAACAUCUUAUGAAAUUAAGACACAAGAUAAAUGACAAGUUUGUACAAUUCAUGUAAAUGUUCUUAAGCAAAAAUUUCUUAGAUAAAUUCCAACAUUUGUGCGAUUCACAAAAAUCUGAACACAUUUCUUAAGAUAAAUGUAAACGUUUUGGAAUUUAAGUCAUUUCUUAAGAUGACUUCCAAGGCCAUAUGAUACACAGAAAUCUUCUUCAGAAAGAAGUGUGUAAGAAUGUCUUAUUUUUGUUCUUAAGAAGAAAAUGCCAGGCUUAAUUAGGCGUUUAUCUGAUUGCACUUAGAUUCACAAAAAUCUUAAAGAAGUUAAGACGUUUCUUAAGAUAAAUUCCAAGAAAUGCUUACGAAUCUUAAAUUAAAUUCUUGAAUAAAUUAAGUUUUUAAAAUAAUUUUUUUAAUCGUCUGUCAUUUGUUGUUAGUCUUUUUUGUGCUUUCUCUAGAGUGAACCUGUAUCUAUCAUAUCUACUGAAAAUGAUCAAAUCAAAACUUUAUUAAUUAUAUAAGGGUGUUGAGUUGAUACUAAAUUUCAAUGAAUUCAUUAAACGACUUCUCUUUGGGCACUUAAGACUAGUUUGAGGUUAUUUUAUUUUUUAAUUAAGGAAAUAUUUUAUUUUUAAACUUUAUAAGUUAUGAUGAAUUUUUUCAGGAAGUCAGAUUCUUCAUAAAAAACAACAUUCUGAAGAAAUAUUUUUAGGAAUAUAAAAUAUUCUUAAACUUGAAAAAUUUGAAGAAUUAUAUUCUUUGUGAAUCUGGCCCCUGAGCUUCUCUUUUGAUUAUUUUUAUAUGGUCAUGCUUCAAAAAGACUAAAAAUAGUGCACGACAUUAAUGUAAAUACGAGUUAAACUCGGCUCUCCGUGCGUCGGUUGCAUGGAGAGCAGCAGCUCCGAUGCUCUUCAGACGUGUUGCACUGAAGAAAGAAACUCUUACGGGUUUGAAGCACCAUGAGAGCGAGUUUUAAUGUGAACUUCCUGUAAGACACGACUCUUAUAAUCAUGUUCUCCGGUCGGAGGAGUUUUGCACACUUGAAUCCGUGUACAUGUAAUUUGUAUGUAUGUCAUGUGACGUGUACAGCCAAUGUAAUGAAAGCCUGAUGGACUGAAUGAUGAACUCCAGCAAUACUGCACAGGAUCACAGAGCAUCGCCUGAAUCUCAUCAGGACGAUCCGUGUCUGAUCUCAAACGCGUCUGCUGCCGCUUCGCUGUCUGGUCGAGGGGCUGGAUGGACUCGCCCUGAUGAAAUCUCCCACAAUGCUGCUGUCUUUCCUCUCUGUGUCAGCCAGAGUUUGUAUGAGCCGUCGCUGCUGCUGCUGCUGUCGCUUAUGGAGGCGUUUGUGUGAAUGACAUUAAAGCACAACACACUGCCAACCUGA